UUGGGAAAAUUGAUAGUUGCGUCUUCCUGGAAAUGAAACAAGUUCGUACAUCUGCUCCAGGAAAGGUAUUGCUAGUUGGAGGAUAUCUUGUUCUUGAACGUCCAAACGCCGCAUUCGUUGUUACUACUACUACUCGUUUCACAGCGACACUUAAAGGAAGUCUCUCAUAUGGAAAGGAACUAUCGAAUAUCAUGCAACUAACAAUAUGGUCUUCUCACGACCAUACCUGGACGUAUAAGGUUUUCUUAGAAGACGGCAACAUUACUCUUGAAUGGAAUGCAGCGAAAGAUUCCUUUGGUCUCGGAAGAAGCAACGCGUUUAUAGAAUGUGCGAUAGUUUGUGGUCUUGCAGUUGCUAAUAUGGACAGCAAAAUACCAUGUAGCGGAAGCUUGCUGCUUGAACUUGAGGCUGAUCCCAGUUUCUAUUCAGUUUCAUAUCAAGGAUCAAAAAGUAUAGUUGGAAAGACAGGUUUGGGGAGCUCUGCAGCCCUAGUUUCUAGUGUUGUCGGAGCUUUUGCAGCUUUUUGUGGUUGUAAAGAUAAGGAAAGAAUAGCUACAGCAGCGCAACUCGCACACGCAACAGCACAACAAAAGAUAGGAAGCGGAUUCGACGUAAGUGCAGCAGUACACGGGAGCCAAAGCUAUGUGCGUUUCUCUCCAGAGUCAUUGGAAAGACUACCUUUUGUGAUUUUGAACAACUCCGGCCAUAUUGUAGCACAAAGAAACAUGAACUGUGCCAAUGACCACUGGAGACUAGAUGAAAUUUGGAAACCACUUGAGUUACCCUUGCAAUGGGACAUUGUUUUAGGUCAAACUAUGAAUGGUUCGGAUACUCGAGAUUUUGUAAGAAAGGUGAUCCAAUGGAAAGCAACGGAUACCCAUAGAGCAUUGGAAAUUUGGUCGCAGUUAAAGAGAGUGAACAGUGAACUUAUUGAUUGUAUUCAAAAACUUUCCAAUUUCGCUUUCAGUAACAAAAAGUUGUUUGAUGAACUCAACUCUGUUUUGGAAAUGAUUCGAUUGAGGGACGACUGGAAAGUCAAUUUUAGGAGUCAAUCACAAUUCGAAGAGUUAUCAGAGGAUAUUUUGAACGACUUUUUGCAAGUCAUCAACUCUAUUGUGGAAAAUGGUAGAGAAUCUAGAAAUCUUCAAAGUCGUAUGGGUGACUUGGCAGACGUUCCCAUAGAGCCUUCGUCUCUUAAAAUUCUACUAGACCAGACUUUAGAAAUUCCAGGUUGUAUUUUGGUUGGAGUUCCUGGUGCUGGUGGUUAUGACGCUAUUUUCGCAAUAGUUGUCGGAGAGAAGAGUCGCAAACUUGUGGAGGAUUUUUGGAAGUCAAACUCAUGUUUUCCUCUGUUGUCUAGACUCCAUUCGAAAGGUUUGCUAAUAGACGAGGAAUCAGAUAAUACUUUUUGAAACUUUCUCCCACUAUGUUCUUUUUAGCGCUGGAUGUUUUAAUUGUUGUAGUUUAGGGUUUAUAUUAUACAGUGUACAAGGAAAUAAAUGCUUUACACUCUCC